UUCUACACUAUAUAAUCUAACUAAAUAAUCUUAAGGAUGAGGCUAACUCCGGACCUAAUAGAAGAAGCAUGUCAGUUUGUUAAUCCUCUCAAAGAAAGGGAACUAGAUCUCAGAGCUAAGAAGAUACAAGUUAUUGAGAAUCUCGCUUGUACUUCAGAUCAGUUUGAUUGUAUUGAUUUCUCUGAUAACGAAAUAAAGCGACUAGAUGGGUUCCCGCUGCUAUCACGUCUCAGCAUGCUGCUCUUCAACAACAACAAGAUAUGCAGGAUGUCAGAAGAUCUGUAUGCCUCUGUCCCCAACAUUGAGACUCUAGUACUUACAGGCAACUUGCUGGAGGAGUUAUCAGACCUUAAGGGGCUGGAGAAAUUGACAAAGUUGAAGUAUUUGUCUCUAAUGAGGAACCCAGUGACUACUAAAGCUAAGUACAGGUUCUACAUCAUCCACCACUGUCCCUCAGUCACUGUCUUGGACUACAAACGAGUCAGGUUGCAGGAGCGGAACACUGCUAAGAAGAUGUUUGGAGGUAAACAAGCGAAGAAAGAGGAGGGGAAGGUGAAGACCUUUGUACCUGGAGAGCCUGUAAAGAAAGGAUCUACUCCUCAAGAUAAGGAGGCUAUCAGAGCUGCUAUCGCCAAGGCUUCUUCUCUGGACGAGAUCAGGAGAUUAGAGAUGAUGUUGAGUUCUGGGUCCAUUCCCGGCUUCUGAGAUACAGUAUGUGUCCGGAGUUUUAUUUAUCAGAUUCCUCGACUUUCGCGCCACUUUCUUACAAUAACUGCUUAAUGUUUUAACUUUUUAUGAUAGAUCAUAUCCUGUCUUGACCAUCGGGAAAUGCGAAAUGUUUGGCCUCGAAAGUCAAUAUUUAUUCAAAAUUAUUGCUAUUUCGUAUAAUAUGAGAUAUAUUUUACACUUAC